CUCUACCUCCUCUUCCUCGCUGGUUUGCAGCUCUUUCCCUGUAACUGCUUCCGUCCCGCAGACGUUAAGGCUCCGCUCCUCACGUUAACGUAUUCCUGAAAGUGCUGCGCGGACAGGUGGAGAUGAUGGUGAGCGGACCUGCGCGGCCCGGCGCUGCGCGCUCCCUCCCGCGGCUCUCGGAGCUGUUGUGGCCGCUGUUGGUAACCUGUUGCUGCCGCGUCGCUUCCGCCCAGGAACUGCCCAUCAACGGGGUGAACGGCUACAGCCUCCACCCGCCCUACUUCAACCUGGCCGAGGGCACGAAGAUCAUCGCCACGGCGACCUGCGGGGAGGACGAAACUGGCAGGAGCGUUCAGGACCUGUACUGCAAGCUGGUCGGAGGCCCGGUGUCCGGAGACCCGAGCCAGACCAUCCAGGGUCAGUACUGCGACAUCUGCAGCCAGGGCGACAGCGAUCGCGCCCAUCCCAUCACCAACGCCAUCGAUGGGACGGAGCGAUGGUGGCAGAGCCCGCCUCUUUCCCGCAGCACCGAGUACAACGAGGUGAACGUCACGCUGGACCUCGGACAGCUCUUCCAUGUGGCUUACGUGCUGAUCAAAUUUGCGAACUCUCCCCGGCCUGACCUCUGGGUUCUGGAGAGAUCCAUUGACUUCGGGCAGACCUACCAGCCCUGGCAGUACUUCGCCUAUUCCAAGAGAGACUGCAUCGAGCGUUUUGGACAGAGCACCAUCGAGAGGAUCAGCCACGAUGACGACAUCAUCUGCAGCACCGAAUAUUCCCGCAUCGUGCCGCUGGAGAACGGAGAGAUCGUCGUGUCUUUGGUGAACGGUCGCCCGGGGGCGAUGAACUUCUCGUACUCGCCGGUGCUGAGGGAGUUCACGAAGGCCACGAACAUCCGGCUCCGCUUCCUGAGAACCAACACGCUGCUGGGUCAUCUUAUGGGCAAGGCGCUCCGCGACCCCACCGUCACCCGCAGGUAUUACUACAGCAUCAAAGACAUCAGCAUUGGAGGACGCUGUGUGUGCAACGGACACGCUGAGGCCUGCGACGCCAAAGACCCCAACAACCCCUACAAGUUACAGUGUGACUGCCAGCAUCACACCUGCGGCGUGUCUUGUGACCAGUGUUGCCCCGGAUACCACCAGCUGCCAUGGAAACCAGCCACGACCUACAGUGCCAACGAGUGUGAACCCUGCAACUGUCACCGUCACUCUUUCAACUGUCGCUACGACCCCGAGGUGGACCGGAGGAGAGCCAGCCUCGACAUCCACGGACGCUACAGAGGAGGCGGAGUCUGCCUCAACUGUCAGCAUCACACCACCGGAGUCAACUGUGAGCACUGCAUCCCCACCUACUACAGGUCACCUGACCACCCCAUCGACUCUCCGCUGGCCUGCUCAGCCUGUGACUGUGAUUUGGAGUUCACAGACGGUACCUGUGAGGAUCUGACAGGUCGGUGUUUCUGCAAACCAAACUACACCGGGGAGAACUGCGACUCCUGCGCCAGCGGCUUCACCGACUUCCCCGAGUGUUACCCCGUCCCCACCUACCCCACCAACAACAACGGGGAGGCCAAACCCGCAGGAGAGAUCAUCAACUGUGAGUGCAAUGCUGCAGGUACUGUGGAGAACUCGUGCAGGGCCGACCCUCGGACCGGGACCUGCGUCUGCAAGCCGGGUUUCACCGGAGACCACUGCGACACCUGUGCGCCGGGCUUCUACGGGCUCAGCUGUGAGGGUUGUCAGUGCUCAGGUCCAGGCUGCCUGGACGGGUCAUGUGAUGUGGUUAGCGGUCACGGCGUGUGUCGCAGCGGUUUCCAGGGUCCUCAGUGCGAUUGGUGCGCUCCGGGUUACUUCAACUACCCGCUCUGCCAGCUGUGUGGAUGCAGCUCGGUCGGCUCUCUCCCCGAAGGCUGCGACGCUGCCGGCCGCUGUCUGUGCAGACCGGAGUUUCAGGGUCCUCGAUGUGAGCAGUGCAGAUCCGGAUUCCACUCCUACCCCAACUGUCAAGAGUGCACCUGUGAUCCUCGCACCUCACUGGAGUCCGGCUGCACCGCGACGGGUCACUGCCUCUGCCGGCCCAAUUACAGCGGAGCGUCAUGUGACCAGUGUGCUCCCGGUUACUAUGGCUACCCAAGCUGCACACCCUGCCAGUGCUCUUCUGAAGGUUCACGUUACUCCAGCUGUGACCAGCUGACAGGACAGUGUGUGUGUCUGCCCAGCGUGGGGGGCCUCAGGUGUGACAGCUGUGCACACGGCGCCUACGGCUUCCCCAACUGCCAAUCUGGACGCUGUCAUCCUGCCGGCUCUGUUCAGUCCACCGUGCAGCCUCCACUGGGCCAGUGUGAGUGCCGUCUCCAUGUGGAGGGCCUGGCGUGUGACCGGUGUAAACCUCUGUACUGGAACCUGUCCCCGGACACACCUGAAGGCUGCUCCGACUGCGAGUGUAACAUCGCAGGGACGGUGAGCGCGGUGGCCGAGUGCGCACAGGAAAGCGGGCAGUGUCACUGUAAGCCCAACAUCUGCAGCGGAACCUGCUCCACCUGCAAAGACGGCUUCUACAACCUGCAGGAAAACGACUACUUUGGCUGCCAGGGUUGUCAGUGUGACAUCGGCGGCUCCGUAGGUCCGUCCUGUGGCGAGAGGAGCGGCCAGUGUCGCUGCAGACCCAACGUGGAGGGACCGAAGUGUAAUCUACCGCGCGCGGAUCAUUACUUCCCAGACCUCCAUCACCUGAAGUUUGAGAUCGAGGAGGGAACCAUGCUGGACGGACGGCCGGUGAGAUUCGGCUACAGCCCCCAGGAGUUCCCCAACUUCAGCUGGAGAGGUUAUGCUCAGAUGUCCCCAAUUCAGUCGAAGGUGCUGGUGUCGGUGUUGGUCAGCUCUCCGGAUGUCUUCUUUGUGGUGCUGCGGUACGCUAACUGGCAGGGCUCUGUGGUACGGGGCAGGAUGUCUGUCACAGAGGACGGCUGGAGCCAUCACUGCGGGAACUGCUCCGAGCAGUCCAAGCCAAUCGUCUUCGCUCCCAGCGUGGAGCCGACCUUCGUCAACGUUCCCUUUGUGGAGCCCUUCGUCCUAAACCCGGGAACCUGGACUGUGGUUAUCGAGGCUGACGGAGUCCUGCUGGAUUACCUGGUCCUGCUGCCCAGUGCCUACUAUGAAGCUGCCAUCCUGCAGACCAAAGUGAGCGAGCCCUGCACCUACAGCUCCGGGCCGGACGCCAGCCAGAACUGUCUGCUGUACAAGUAUCUGUCUCUGGACUCCUUCCCCUCCAUCUCGGGUAACGAUGCCAGCUGCCGCAACGACAACCACCUGCCCCGCCCGUGCCCAACCGAGAAGGUUACCCCGCGCCACCCCGACAUGGCCGUCUGCAGCGGUUUAGAUAUCAGCGUCGAGUUGCGAGGGCGUCUCUCGUCUCCAGGUGACUACGUUCUGGUGGUCGAGUAUUCCAGUGAAGAAGAGCUACCUCAAACGCUGUCCGUGAACGUCAACGUGCCGGGAGCGAGAGCGCACCGGCACCAAGUCACCCUGCUGCAGUGCAGAUACAGCUUCCUGUGUCGAGUCGUGGCCAUUGACGAGCAGAACAGGGUGGCGGUCUUCUCCUUCCUCUCAGACGCAGAGAUCCAGCUGACCGCUGACCGAGCCACCUUCUUCCUGCACAAAGUGUACCUGGUGCCUAAACAGCAGUUCUCCAUGGAGUAUGUGGAACCUCGGGUCCACUGCAUCAGCACUCACGGUCAAUUCUCACCUGACAGCUCCUCCUGCAUCCCGUCACGUUUCCAGAUCCCGUCGGACUCGCUGGUCCUGAAGGAGGGUCAGAGCUCCUCUAGUGGGGAGGAGCCUGUCCUGGCCUCCCCUGCAGCAGCUCCUCCUCUGAGAGAGGAGCCGGUGUGGAUGGGAUCAGAGAGACCUCCGUUUGGAGCAGAAAACACCGACCACAUCCGGCUGGACUCUGUGCAGAAUGCAGUGCUGUACUCGGCACGCGUCCACGCGCUCGGCCGCUACGUCUUCAUCCUGCACUUCCACCAGCCUCUGCACCCCACCUACCCCGUGCAGGUCUUCGUUAACGGGGGGCGGAUCUGGCAGGGCCACGUUAACGCCUCGUUCUGUCCGCACGCGUACGGCUGUCGGGACAUCCUGGUCUCUGAGAAUCAGAUCAUCCUGGAUGUGACGGACCACGAGCUCCUCCUCACCGUGCAGAUUCCUGCUGGGAAGACGCUGUGGCUGGAUUACGUGCUGGUUGUUCCUGAACUGAGCUACAGAUCGAGCUACCUGAGCGAGGAGCCUCUGGACAAAUCGUACGACUUCAUCAGCAACUGUGGUCAGAACAGCUUCUAUGUCAGCCCCUCCUCCUCCUCGCCGUUCUGCCUCAGGUCGGCCGUGUCUCUGUCGGCCUUCGUCAAUAAUGGCGCGCUGCCGUGCGCCUGCCACGAAGUCGGAGCUGAAAGUGACGCCUGCGAACAGUUUGGCGGUCAGUGCCGCUGCAGACCCAACGUGAUUGGACGAGACUGCUCCAUGUGUGCCACGGGUUACUGGGGAUUCCCCAACUGCAGACCCUGUAACUGUGGUUCGAGGUUAUGUGAGCCGGUGACGGGCGACUGCAUCUGUCCGCCGAGGACCAUCCUCCCAGAAUGCACCGAGUGUGAGCCUCAGACGUUCGGCUGCCACCCGCUGGUCGGCUGCGAGAUCUGCAACUGCUCUCAUUCCGGCAUCAUCGCACCCGAUGCGAGCUGUGACACGCUCAGUGGGCAGUGCAGAUGUAAGAACAACAUCGUUGGACGUCAGUGCGACCGGUGCACCCCCGGUUUCUAUGGUUACCCCAACUGCAGGUCAUGUGACUGCAACGAGGCGGGAACCGAGGAGGAAGUGUGCAACCCGUUCACGGGACAGUGUCUCUGCAAGGAGAACGUCCAGGGUUCUCGCUGCGACCAGUGCAGAGUUGGUACGUUCCACUUGGACCCGACCAACCCGAAAGGAUGCACCAGCUGUUUCUGCUUCGGAGCCACCGACCGCUGCCACAGCUCCAACAAGAGGCGCACUGAGAUCAUGAACAUGGAGGGCUGGGUGCUGCUCGGAGCCAACAGGCAGGAAGUCCCGAUGACCGUGUAUCCAGAUCAGGACCUGGCAGAGGCCGACAUCGCCGACGUGCCCGAUGUUUAUCAGGAGCUGUACUGGCACGCUCCGAAAACUUACCUGGGAGACAAGGUCUCCUCCUACGGCGGGUAUCUGAGGUACCGUCUGCACACUCAGACCAUGAGAGGUGAUGUGCUGCCUCUACCUGCAGAGGCCUCCAAGCCCGACAUCAUCGUGAAGGGGAAUCAGAUGACCCUGGUGUUCAUGGAGAGAGAGUACUCCUCACCUGAGGAGCCUCACCUGGGCAUAGUCCACAUUGUUGAGGGGAGUUUCCGUCACUUUCAGACCGGUAACCCGGUGUCCCGAGAGGAGCUGAUGAUGGUUCUGGUCGGGCUCGAGUCUCUGCAGAUACGAGCCCUCCACUCCCAGUCGGCCCAGUCCGUGUCGCUCCGCGGCGCCGUGCUGGAGGGUGCAGAGAGCCUGCCCACUGGACGCCAUGCCAACAAUGUGGAAAUCUGCAUGUGUCCUGCCAACUACCUGGGAGACUCGUGUCAGAAAUGUGCUCCAGGUUACUACAGAGACACCAUCGGCCUGUUUCUGGGGAAAUGUGUUCGCUGUAGCUGUAACGGACACUCGGACCAGUGUCUGGAUGGAUCUGGAAUCUGUGUGAACUGCCAGCAUAACACGGCCGGCGACCACUGUGAGAGGUGCCAGGGAGGAUUCAUGGGUAAUAACAGCAUCGAUGGUCAGGCCGUGGCGUGCUCCAGCUGUCCCUGCCCGCUGAGGGCAUCAUCCAACAAUUUUGCAGAGGGCUGUGUGCCCAGAGGUGACAGCAUGCAGUGUCUCUGUAUGCCCGGUUAUGCUGGACCAGCCUGCGAAAGGUGCGCCCCUGGUUUCUAUGGUAACCCGAUGGUCCUGGGCAGCCGGUGCCAGCCCUGCGACUGCAGCGGGAACUCGGACCCCAACAUGCUGUUCAUCGACUGCCACCCGCUGACCGGACACUGCCUCAGCUGCAUGCACAACACAGCCGGGCCGCGCUGCGAGACCUGCGCCGCCGGUUACUACGGAGACCCCAUCAACCACAAAAACUGCACCAAGUGUGACUGCUCUCCGUGUGGAACUGAGUCAUGUGACCCGCACAGCGGACAGUGUCGCUGUAAACCCGGCGUCACCGGCCCGCUCUGCGAUCGCUGUGAGGACGGCUCCUUCGGCUUCGACUCGUGCUCCGGGUGCCGUAAAUGCGACUGCGACGCCUCGGCGGCGCUCGUCCAGCCGUGUGACCCUCAAAGCGGUCGGUGCGCCUGUCGGCACGGGGUCAGCGGGUCGGGCUGCAGGCAGUGCACUCCGGGAUACUGGGACUACGGACCCAAAGGAUGCAAGAAGUGUGACUGCAAAGGAGGACGCUGCGACCCGCGCACAGGCGAGUGCCAGUGUCCUGACGGGAUGACGGGGAGACAGUGUGACGUCUGCUCGCAGAGGUACAGCGUACCGAUAGAGGACCAUCACGGCGUGCACUGCCAGGUGUGUGACCGCUGCGUCAUUAUCCUGCUGGAGGAUCUGGAGAGGAUAAACGAAGACUUCCUGUCGGUGUCGGGUCAGCUGAGGAGCCUGAACGCCAGCUCCAUGGCCUGGGCUCAGCUGCAGAGCCUCAACAAGUCUGUGGAGGACGCCGCUUGGGCCAUUGAGAACUACAACAGCAUGCUGGAUGACAGCCGGACUCGGACCGACAUGCUGGACACGGAGAUCAGGACCAUCGGAGAAGACAUUGAUGAGCUGCAGAACAAAGCAUCAGCGAUGAGCGAGCGGGCGGGCGAGCUGCACAACAUCACGACCAAAACGCACCAGAGGGCCAAAGAUCUGCUGUCUCUGCUCGGGAACGUGACCGCCGAUAUAAACAACCUCCUGCUGAGGUCGAACCGUUCCUCUCUGAACGAGACGGAGGCAGAGGAGGACGGCGAGGAGAGGGAGAGGAAGAUGCGGGAGGUGCAGGCCAUGCUGAGGGAGAUGAGGUACAGGAGCUGCGUGGGUCAGAAGAAGAUGGCCGACAAAGAGAAGGCAGAGGCGGAGAAAUUGUUGGAGCGGGUCAGCAAACAGCUGGCAGAUCGUCAGGAAGAAAACAACAACUUAACUCAGUCCAUCAGCGAUCGUCUGUCCCGCCUCCACGCUGCCAUGAUGGACCUCCGAGACGCCCUGAACGAGGCCGUGAACAACACGGCGAGAGCCGCGGAGAUCAACAACGCCAAUGAGCAAACCCUGGAGGACAACAAUAGGAGGAUGGAGGACCUGCUGUCGAAGAAGAUGGAGGUGGAAACCCAGCUGGAGAUGGCUGGAGAUCACGUUGCUCAUGUGGGCGAUGUGCUGUCCAUGGUGCAGGAGUCCAAAGAGGAGUACGAGCGCUUGGCGGCUCAGCUGGAUGGCGCCCGCACACCGCUGGCGAAUAAGGUGCAGAAUUUUGCUCAGACUAACUCUAAAAUCCCGCUGGUGGAGAAGGCGGAGGAACACGCUCAGCUGCUCAGCGCUUUGGCCACGAACCUGUCCAGUUUGAUUGCAGAAACAAAGAAAGAUGGAUUUAUAGACGUGACUCAGGCUUACAACAAGAUCAUCAACAGCAUCAGUGAGGCAGAGGAGGCCGCCAACAUGGCUGCCGAGGCAGCUAACAUCACUGUAGAGAGCGUGAAGGACCAGGAUCUCGGUCAGACUGCGGUUUCUCUGAAGAACCACAGCAUGGAUCUGAAGGCUGAAGCAGAGAUGCUGAAUGAGAAGCUGAACAACACCCUGAAGCCACAGCUCAAAGACGCUCAGCGGCGGCUCGAGGACGCCAAAACCAAACAGGCUCAACUGAUGAAGGAUCUGCAGGAGCUUCAGGAUGACCUCAACGCCACCAAAAACCUGAGUGCAGAGAUCAGCGAAGCAAAACAAACGGCAGCUCAGGCCAACAAAACGGCCACCGACGUCAACGACGCCCUGCGCCCCAUCAAAGAGCAGCUCGACGAGUGGCAGCGGACGUACGGAGACGCCAACGCCACCAGCGAUGACAUCAACAGCGCCCUCAUGGAUGCCAACAACACCGUGCACAGGUUGGGUGAAGCUAUUCCUGAGCUCAUGAAGAAACUGGAUGACCUGCAGAAUCACUCUGUUCAGAUGCCAAACAUCUCUGAGAACAUCAGCCGCAUCCGACAGCUCAUCGAGCAGGCGCGCAACGCUGCCAGCAAGGUGAGCGUACCCAUGAAGUUUAAUGGGAAAUCAGGUGUUCAGGUGCGUACUCCUUCUAACCUGGCUGACCUGGCCGCCUACACAUCCCUGAAGUUCCACAUUACGCUGCCAGAGGGAGCGCGGAAACGGCGGCAGGAUGCGAGCACCAAUCGGUUUGUGUUCUACCUCGGCAGCAAGAACUCGAGUGAAGACUUCCUGGGCAUGGUGCUGGAGGGCAAAAUGCUGCACUGGUACUUUAAUGUUGGAGGAGAAACAGCUGAUGUGUUGAUGACUGAAGACGUCCAGUCUAAUGGGAAGUUCAGCACCAUCAUGCUGGAGAGGAUCCUGCAGCAUGGUCUGAUGUCCAUAGCCUUUGACAGGACAACAAGCAAAUUUUACAAGGAGGCUAAAGGAGAUCAGGGACUGCUCAACCUCUUGACUGAUGACACCGUCUUCUAUGUGGGAGGAUACCCAAAUGCAUUCAAACCGCCCGGACCGCUCGCACUGCCUAACUUUGAGGGCUGCAUCGAGCUGGAGUCUCUGAACGAGGAGGUGAUCAGUCUGUACAACUUUGAGAACAUCUUCAGUCUCAACACCACAGUGGACAAACCGUGUGUCAGGUCGAGGCAGACGGGCAUUCGUAGCUGGCUCAAUGAUGCGGCAUAUUUUGACGGCACCGGUUAUGCUGAGAUCACUUUGACCCAACAGUUUCCCAAAAGGCUUAUCUUAAAACAGGAAGUCAAACUGCAAUCACAGAACGGGAUUCUGCUGAUGGUGCACAACCAGCAAAAGCAGUUCCUGUGCAUGGCGGUGCUUCAGGGCCAGCUCAAGGUUUUCUAUAAUUUUAAUGGUUCUCUGACGGAGCUGAAGCCCAAAGAUCCACAGACGAGCCUGAAGAUGAGUGACGGCAUGCCCAUAAGUCUGGAGAUUUUCAUCGUGCGUAUAAGCACACAUCGUGUUUUGGUGAGUUACAAUGGAGACAUGGUCAUGGACAGUCACAUGGACAAAAUCCCCACCUUCAACAACAGCUUUUACCUGGGAGGAGUACCGGAGAGCCAGAUGCCAGAGACGUUGAAGGAUAAGUUCUCUAAGCAGGGCUCUGUGAAGGGCUGUGUCAGGAACGUGAAGGAUAGCAAUUCACACAUCAGCCUGCAGAGGGCGAAGACCGUGGGAGUCAGCUUCGGCUGCGACAACAACCUGCUGUUGGCUCGUGAGGGUUAUUUCUCCGGUCAGAGCUACCUGAACUUUGAUAUAACCGAUGCCUCCAGUCUCAUGAACAACUUCUACGCCGGCUUUGGCUUCAGAACUGAGAAGACCGAUGGACUCAUGUUCUUCCACAAUAAUCAGGGACUCGUGUGUCACGUGUUUUUGCACCAAGGCCACGUCGUGGUCCGAGCCGGCAACAAAGAGAUCAGGACACAGAAGACUUACAAUGAUGACAACAGUCACUAUGUUGCCAUAUACAACAAUAUGAACGGGAUACGUCUGUACAUGGACGACGUGCUGGAGAAUUCGAAUCAGAGGACCGUGAACACACAGAUGAACAGUUUGUCGGCCACGAUGGGAAACACCUUCCUGGGAGGAAUGCCCAGCGAGACCCAGAACAACCUGACUGGCUGUAUCAGCAAUGUUUUCAUCAGGAGGGAAAUGGAUGUAACUCAGGUGGUUCUGGACCUGCUGAAAGCUGGUGAAAACGUGCUCGUUCCAAUGGAGUGUCCUGCUGCUAAAAAGCCUCAACAGAUCAUGGCUGCUCAGUCUCAGCCCACACAGAGCAACAAGCGCAAGAAGCUGAAGAAACAGUCAGGAUCUCGCAGUCGUAACACAAGAGACUCCUGUCAGGGCGAGCUGUCAGACCACGAGAAGGGAGCGACACACUUCAGCGGCUCCACCCACAGCUACCAGAGAUACGACUUCCUGCCCAGCUCGUUUAGCUUGAUGCCUCACAUCUCCAUGCUGCUGAGGAUCAACUCCUCGGACGGGCUGGUGCUGCGCGCCACCAGCAAGAUCCUUGGAGGACCCACGAUGUCGCUCAGCGUCUCAGACGGCCACCUGCUGCUUCUGUUAGACGGAGGAAAGAGGAAGUUCAGCCUGCGCAGCCACAAGAAAUACAGUGAUGACCAGUGGCACGCGGUGUUCCUAAAGCGUGAAGGGCAGAAGGUGAGUCUGAUCGUGGACGGUAUCAGCGUUCAGUCUAAGCAGAUCCGUGGAAGAGACUGGACUCCACUCACCGGGCCUUUAUAUGUCGGAGGAGCCCCCCCACAUCUGACGGGUCCGGGUUCUGCCGGGUUCGUCGGUUGUAUUCGCGACCUGACGCUGAACGAAGCCCCUGCAGGAAAACCCGCUCACAGCCAGGGGGCGGUGCCCUGUUUCGUGACCCCUCUUCAGCCAGGAGCGUACUUCUCUGGACGAGGAGGGCAUGUUGUGAUUGAUCCGUCCUUGGCUCUGGGUCGCGAUCUGGAUAUCCAGCUGGAGGUUCGGCCUGUCUUGGACUCUGGGCUGCUGUUGCAUGCUGGGAUGUCACCUGAGCAUCGCCUGAGCUUAGUUCUUAUCCAAGGAAAGGUGACGGUUUUGCUGAACAGCGGGAAAGGUGAGAUCUCUGCAUCGUUCACUCCCGAGGAGCCGCUGUGUAACGGACGCUGGCACUCGAUCUCAGUGGUGAAGAGCAACAACGUCCUGCAGCUGCACGUGGACGGCGCCGGCAAACGCACCGUCGGGCCCAAACAGAGCCGCUCCACACGGCCCAAAGAGGCCGUCUACCUCGGAGGCGUUCCCGGUGGCAUCACUGUACCUGGCAUACCCACCGGCCUGCCGUCCUUCCACGGGUGCGUCCGCCAAGUGAGCGUCAACCACCGAGUUGCGUCGCUGUCCAAGCCGCUCGCCGUGCACGGCGCCGUGGGGACGCAGGGCUGCCCGCACAUUUAACCCCCCAGUCUUACCCUCACAUUCCCCGAGUACACAACAACACUGGUGGUGGGCAUCAUGUUACUGUAGCUAAUUUAAAAUAUCUAUAUGAAUAUUUAUUUUCAGAGAAGUGUAUAUUUUAUAUUUCUCCCUGUUUGUUGCCACUGGCAUGUUUUGUGCUGCAGCAGUGAGGCUCUGCAGAGACGCUGCGAUAACACUGACGUCAGCCAUAAAUUUACGGAAUAUCUUACAGUACAGGUGCAAACAGGUGUUACUGUGCAUCUCCUGCAGAGGUCAUCUGAGCACAGACUGUAUAUAGAAGAUGGGCGCAGCUGCUUCCUGCUCCUUUGUGACUCUAAAGCCGUGAUCUCCAAAAUGAACUUCACAUUUCAGUCGGUCAGGCCUGAAAGCAGCGACUGGUCAGCUGAGGGGGACGCUCAUUUUCUCAGGUUUCUAUACAACCAGGAGUCGCCCCCUGCUGGACAUUAGCGAGCACUGUAGUUUCCAAAUCCAUCUUUGAUGUACAGUCUGUGAAAACAAGUAUCGUCCUCAUGCAGCGCAGAUGGAAAAACGAAGCCUGCAAACCGGAUCUGGGCAUCUGACCCUGUGACCUUUGAUCUCACUGAGGAGGUCUGGGUCGUUUCCCAUGCUCCUGCCGGUCUGCAGGCGGCGUUUCCAUCUCGUCUUUAUUCCGUCUGAAACAUGAAGCCUUUUAACCGCUUUAAUCCAAUAAACGCCCCCCCACCCCCACCCCCACCCCUCAUUGUUUAAAUAAAGUUUUGUCAUAUCA